CUCAUUCAAGCCCCAUGAGAAAAGUUAUGGAGUCCGUCAUUACACAAACAGUAGUUGUAGGCGCAGGUCUAAGUGGACUAAGUGCAGCUAAGUUUUUGAUAGAGAAUGGUGUGGAAGUAACUGUUUUAGAGGCAAGAGACAGAGUUGGAGGCAGAACGUGUACAAUUAAUGACCCCAUCCAUGGUAAGUCUGACCUUGGUGGUGCCUAUGUAGGACCAACUCAAGAUAAUGUAUAUAGACUGGCAGAGGAAUAUGGUCUCCAGUUUUAUGAUGUGAAUGACAAGGAAAAAACUGUACUCAAUUUCAAAAAUUGUUGGUACAAGUAUAAAGGAGUUAUACCACCAGUAACAAACCCAUUUGUUUUAUUAGAUUUAAACCAUGCAAUUAGAACCAUGGAAUCCAUGGCAAUCCAGGUACCUAAACAUGCCCCUUGGUUGGCAAAGAAGGCUGAAGAAUGGGACUGUAUGACAGUCAAGGAAUUCCUGGACAAAAUUUGCUGGACACAAUUUGCAAGAGACAGUAUAGAUAUUUUUAUAAGAGGAUUAUACUGUGUGGAGCCUCAUGAACUAUCCCUAUUAUUUGCGCUAUGGUAUAUUCACAGUGGUGGAGGUGUGGCCAAGAUGUCUGACACAAGUGGAGGGGCUCAGGAAAAGAAAUUUAUAGAUGGUAGUCAGAAAUUAUCAGACAAAAUUGCUGAGAGUCUUGGGGAUCGAGUAAGAUUAUCUAGUCCUGUUACAAGCAUUUCACAGACCGACUCUGGGGUAACAGUUGCAAGUAAGAAUGGAAAAACAUACAAAGCAGAUUUUGUGAUACUAGCCAUUCCUCCACCACUGUUGUCCAGAAUAUCAUUUGAGCCUUCACUUCCUGGAGAGAAAAUACAACUGAUACAGAAAAUGCCAAUGGGAUCUAUUAUCAAAACCGUCAUGUAUUAUAAAGAAGCUUUCUGGAGAAAAAUGGACAUGUCUGGUAGUGCGGUUUCAAACUUUGGUCCUAUAACUUAUUGCAUUGAUGACACGAAACCUGAUGGAACACACCCAGCUAUCAUGGGCUUUGUUUUAGCCAAUCAAGCUAGAGAACUGAUGAACGAAUCAGAGUCAAAUAGAAAACAUGCAAUUUGUCAACACUAUGCACAAGCAUUUAAGUGUGAGCAGUUUCUGAAGCCAAUAGGUUAUUUAGAGAAAAAUUGGAUGGCUGAAGAAUUUUCUGGUGGAUGUUAUUCUUCUAAUAUGCCACCUGGUGUACUGACAACUAUGGGCAGAUGUUUGCAAGAACCACACGGACGAAUUCAUUUUGCUGGAACUGAAACAGCAACCAAAUGGGCAGGAUAUAUGGAUGGUGCAAUUCAGGCAGGAUACAGAGCAGCUAAAGAGGUGAUACAGAGAAAAGAAGGGAAGGCCAUCCAAGUUAUAGAAGAAGAGCCACCAAUGGUUGUAGAGAGAGACUGGAUAGAGAAUUGGUUACCUUCAGUGACAGGAUUACUCUAUUCUGUAACUGUUGGACUGAUCAGUGUUUGUGCUGUUUUCUUGUGGAAAUUGAUAUAAAUUCUAUUUUCUUAAUGCAAUGACAAUCAGAAAAAAGUCAGUUAAAAUCUUAAUUUUUUUUUUCAAAUAGGCGUAUGACUUUGUGAUGAAGAGCAGCAAUUAAGACACCAUUCCUUUGCUUUUUGUCUAUUUUUUUGCUUGGCAUGUAAUGAGAUGGAUGGAUUCCCAUAUAUCCUUUGUUUUUCUAUUAUUUUAGUUGUUAAAAGUGCUUUCUAAUAAUCAAGAUUUUUAUAUGAAUAUUUAGUUGUUUAACAUGUUUUAUUUUCUUUUUUUACAUGUAAAUUAGAGUCUUUUUGUUAAUGAUAGAGAAUUGACAACUGAAACUCGAUCAUAAACAUUAACUUGGAAAUGAAUUUCUCUCAUUCUUCGUCAAUUUAUCCCUUUCUGCGCCAAUUGUAUAAAAAAAUUUAAACCACGUAUGACGUCGAAUUUUCUUGCUUUCUUCUGAAUUUCCUAUUGUGACGACAUGAAAAAGGCGACCAUGCCUGAUAACGUCACAUAGAAAUAACACAUCUUAUUGAAGAUCAUUCGAAAAGAAGGAAUACGUUUGCCUGCAUAUUGUUUGAAAAUCAUUAGAGAAACAGAUUCUACCACCAAAUCUCGUGUAAUACGAUAUUUAUCCACUCUCGACAGUUAAAUUUUAAAUAUUCAAAACGCCCGGCGAUCCUCGCGUUUUAAAUUUGAAAAUUUAACUGUCGAGAGUGGAUAAAUAUCGUAUCACACUCGAUACAGUGGUAGAAUCUAUAUUUCUCUAAUUCUUUACAAUACAGAAUUCAGCUUACUGGAUAUACAUGUAUAUUGUUGAGAUGCAAUAAUCGAAUAAAUAAAUUACCAGUUGUCAGCUAAUAUCAAAUUAAUCAUAUACUACAACAGGGACUCAGUUGACUGCACAUUUAUUAAUUAUUGACUUUUGAAGAGGUCAAUACCUUGUAUAUGAACCUGUUCAGAUUAAAUUGACCGAGGAAGAAUUAGGAGUGUCAAUAUAAUAUAACAGCUCCAUAUAUAAUGUAAUGACUGGGUGGAAGUCCUUAAUUUUUAUAUACAUGUAAAUAUUGUAUUAGGAAAAUGGCGUUCAAUGUUCUUUCUGUGUAUUUUUAAAUUGUAUUUUGCAAGAAUAAUAACAUGUUAUUGAAAAAAUCAAUAGCUUUUAAUGACAGCUUCAUAGCUUGUUGCAUUAGCUUUCUUGUAUUCUUAGCGUCUGCUUUUAACAUAUGAAGUUCUUGAAAUAUCCAGUGAUAAACUUGCAAAUUUUGUCUGCUGCAGCGCUUUCACUGUGGUUGUUAUGUGUGACGCCAUAAAUCUAAAUUUAGCAAGAUUUUUUUUAUAUUGACCACCGAUAUACAUAUAAAUAGAAACAUAGCAUCAAUAUAUGUAAAAAUAGAAACAAUGCUACGGAUACGUAAAAUAACCUUUGUAACACGUGAUCGUUAUAUCCAAUGAAAAUAGUAGAAUGUUACGCCAUAUGCAAUAUUUAUAGAUUGUCAUUGAUCAUCUCAACUUGAUUGCUUGUGGCACUUUUGCCGUCCCUGCUCAAUCGAGAAAAUCAAUAUGUUUAUCGCUUUUUUACCCAUGACAACAUGGUCAAUUUCAUGUCAAUUUCACAAGCAACACCACGUGCCCCUUAGUUUUUAGCGAUAAUUUUAUAUCACUCAACUCCGCUGUGAAAGAAAAUGAUCAGUAAGUAAGAUCAAAGAUUUUUUUUUUAAAUAACAAUGUAUAUUGUUGGGAUGCCCUAAUUGAAUAAAUCAGUUGCCCGUUGUCAGCUACUAUCAUUUCAUCUGCAAAUUGGUGAAUGGUUAUACAAAGUGACUAGAAAUAAGUUUUGUAAUCUGACAUGAUCUUUUUAAAAUUUAGUAAAUUGUUAUUCCGAAUACUUUUUAAAAUGUUUAAUGUUUUUUAUGAAAGUUUACUGUGAUUGUUAUAA